AUGAGAGCAAAUUGUUCCAGCAGCUCAGCCUGCCCUGCCAACAGUUCGGAGGAGAAGUUGCCAGUGGGGCUGGAGGUCUAUGGGAACCUGGAACUUGUUUUCACAGUGGUGUCAGCCGUGAUGAUCGGCCUGCUCAUGUUCUCCUUGGGCUGCUCUGUGGAGAUCCGGAGGCUCUGGUCGCACAUCAGGAGACCCUGGGGCAUUGCUGUGGGACUGCUCUGCCAGUUUGGGCUCAUGCCUCUUACUGCCUAUCUCCUGGUCAUCAACUUCUCUCUGAAGCCAGUCCAAGCUAUGGCUAUCCUCAUCAUGGGGUGCUGCCCAGGGGGAACCAUCUCGAACAUUUUCACCUACUGGGUUGAUGGAGAUAUGGAUCUCAGCAUCAGUAUGACAACUUGUUCCACAGUGGUUGCCCUGGGAAUGAUGCCACUCUGCCUUUAUCUCUACACCUUGUCCUGGAAUCUUGAGCAGAAUCUCACCAUUCCAUAUCAGAACAUAGGAAUUACCCUUGUGUGCCUGACCAUUCCUGUGGCCUUUGGUGUCUAUAUGAAUUAUAGGUGGCCAAAACAAUCCAAAAUUAUUCUUAAGGUUGGAGCCAUUGUUGGUGGGGUCCUCCUUUUGGUGGUCGCAGUUGCUGGUGUGGUGCUGGCGAAAGGAUCUUGGAAUUCAGACACCAUUCUUCUGACCAUCAGCUUCAUCUUUCCUUUGACUGGCCAUGUCACAGGCUUUCUGCUGGCACUUCUUACCCACCAAUCUUGGCAGAGGUGCAGGACGAUUUCCUUAGAAACUGGAGCUCAGAAUAUUCAGAUGUGCAUCACCAUGUUGCACUUAUCUUUCACUGCCGAGCAAUUAGUCCAGACGCUUAGCUUCCCACUGGCCUAUGGACUCUUCCAGCUGUUGGAUGGGUUUCUCAUUGUUGCAGCAUAUAAGAUGUACAAGAGGACACUGAAGAACAAACACAGAAUAAAGAACCCCGCUUCAAGGGUAGAAGCCCGCUUUAAGAAGAAAUCCACUUCUCCCAAAGAGACCAGUGCUUUCUUGGAGGUGAAUGAAGAAGCUGCUCUAACUCCUGGGCCAUCAGGGCCCAUGGCUCUCCACAGGGCUCUCAUGCCAACUGGCCAGAUCUCAUGUGCGAAGUAGGGGUUUGCCGGCUUGACUGGUCCCUGUCUUCCUCAGCAGCCAGUAAAGACAGUGCAGAGCUGAUGAGUGAAUCUCGUUGGCAGGGCUUAUGGGAAUGUUUGCGUGUCAAAUGUUAACAGAUUUAUA